GAUCGGCGCUCGCUUCCAACACACAGAGGAAUUUCAGCAGCUCUAACAAACUGACUGUCAUGCAGGCGCGACUUAUUAUUGCUCUGAUGAUGGCUGCUUCGUCAACAGAGGUCUACACUACCUACAAUGAAGAUCAGAAAAUAAUCAAAGCCCUCAGAGAUUCAAGCCAUGCAUCAAUACCACCAUUAACAAAGAGUUCUAGGAAUUUACCUGCUGAUGAGGUCCAUUCAGCUGAUGGAAAGUUUCCCAGGAAAGGAUGGUGGAUGUCAAAGGUGGUCCUCCCUCAGAUCAGGAAACGUCAAGAUGUGUCAACAUACAACCUCAACUCCUUUGGUCUACGCUACGGAAAAUGACUUAUUACUUAUAAUGAGUUAUUCUGUGUCAGAUCUGAUAUUUUCAUUUAGAUCUGUUUGUAUUUUAAUUACAUUUUUACAUUCAGAAUGGGGAAAUAAAAUAAUAAUGUAGUUGUUAAAGGCUCAAUAAAAAAAA